AUGUCAGAUCGUCAGGCAGAGCCCCAGCAGCCUGAGGAGGACCACAAAAUAGACGAACAGAUAGCGGAGGCCCUGGCGUGCCCCUGUGUGGACGAUCUGAGGAGCGGGCCCUGUGGGAAGAGUUUUGAGGCAGCCUUCUCCUGCUUUCUCAGACAUCAGGCCAAGCACAAGGACGAUGAAGUGGACAUGGAUUGCUUGGGGCAGUUUGAGGCGAUGCAGCAGUGCAUGGUGCAGCAUCCGCAGGCUUUCGCAGAGUUCAAACACUUUCAGACGAGCGGGGAAGCUGACCGGAUGGCCAGGGAUGCAGGUGGCAGGUAG